UUUUGUAGGCGUCCUGCUAUUUGAAUAUAAUAGUUACUGCUUUUUGUUUACUUAGUAUCAACCUUGUAAUUAAAUAAAAUAUGCAACUCAACUAAACGUAUGUGGCAGAAUAUGGCUAAGGAAAGAAGUGCACUGGCAUUGAGUUCAAUAGUUCAUUGUUUUCCUGGUAAAUACAAAAUAGAACAUGCACAAACAAAGAGAGCACAAGCUCUACGUGAACCUCUUAUUGUUUCCAGUCCAGUUGCCACUGAUCAGUUGCCUAGUUCUGUUUUUUGUUGCUAGCUAUACAUGUAGUGUUUUCUUUAAUUAAAGUGUCAAGCUUUGGCCUUAGUAAAAAAAGGCUGAUCUGUUUAGGUCUCUUGGUUUCAGUCAGAUUGGAGUUGAACCAGGUUACAGAGUACAAUUAGUUGGGUGCGUGCACUAUUUAUAGGCCCGCCGGUCAUGUAUUAGGGUGAGACAAGUUAUUUUGUAGUUGAGAAAUAUACAGAAUGUUGUCAUGUUUGCGGCAUUGAAAUCUGUGUGGUUGAUUUCUGUUGAAGAACUGACCUGGGUUUUGUGUUUCUAAGCCGGAAGAUUGAAGGCAAGUUGGCUCUAAUCUGUUGCCUAUCCAUCAGUCAUCAUCAACAUUUUCCCUUGCUGUUAGGGUUGACGUGUUGUUCUGCUUGGUUUGCCUCAAUCGCUGGUAACCCAAGCUAUUGAUUUUCUCUGCCUGAUACUACUUUAAUUGAUUGAAGCUGUUGAUGAGCUAGUGCUGUACUGCUGUUGUUUGUUAAUUGAAUUACUGCUGCUACAUUUGAGAUUGAGAGAGGAAUGAAUCCAGUACUCAGUUGUGCAAGUAAGGUACUGAUCUGUCCCGAUCUGCUAGUGGCAUUCCACUAGGUGAAACAAAUCCAUCUGCUAGUUAUUUACCUGACCGUGUUGUGUUUUGAGUACUAGUUUUGGACGUUUUUAUUGUGAAUGAUUAUAUUCUUGAUCAGCGCACCGUGAAAGAUAGGGCCUACCAGCAGGGUGUUCGAAUUACGUCGAAGUACCAAUGUUGUAAUGAAUAUUUGUCACUCACUUACUAGCGAUCUUUAUUCUACUUAAAAUGUGCACUCUCAUGGGCUAUUUACAUAUUAUUCCUUUUGCUUAAUUUAUGGAAUGCUAAAAGGUUAUCUUUGAAAGAUUUACAACACUAUAUAGCUUGAUAUUGGCAAUAAUUGCUUCACACUAAACUACAUGUUGCUUAUAUGUUACACCUUUUUUUGUUCAUUUUUUUCCUACCACCCAAUGUGCUAUUUAGUUUCCAGCCGUACCUCCUUUCUACUUCUGUAUGUUGUUAGUUAAGGGUCUUAAGAUAUAUGAGUUGUAGCCGUGAACAACUAACCUGACUUUCUGUCUAACCUUCUAGACAGCAUUGAUGCUGAUAGCUUGGGCUUAUUUUCCACCAUUGUCGUCUGAUCUGAAUCUCGCAGGCGACAGAGAAUGCCAACCCACACAAGAUUUUUUUUUGACAAGUACAUCUACGUUCUCUACAAGAAAAGAUCCGUUUGCUGAGGCAAAUGCUGAGGACUCUGGCGCUGGUGCCGGAUCAAAAAACUAUGUGCAUGUGCGUGUUCAGCAGCGCAACGGAAGAAAGAGUCUGACAACUGUUCAGGGAUUAAAGAAAGAGUACAGCUACAACAAGAUUCUCAAGGAUCUCAAAAAGGAAUUCUGCUGUAAUGGUACUGUAGUCCAGGAUUCAGAACUAGGCCAGGUCAUUCAACUCCAAGGUGAUCAGCGGAAGAAUGUUGCUACUUUUCUAGUUCAGGCUGGACUAGCAAAGAAAGAGAGCAUUAAGAUCCACGGAUUUUAGGCAACACAUAAAUGCUUGUGUGUUGUCACAGAAGCUGGAAGUUAUCGUAUGCCUGGUAUUCAUAUAAGACAUUUGAAUUAGUAGUGGUGCGAGGCAUCUGUGGUUGAUGCGUGCAUUUAAGACUUGAAUCAGUAUUGGUGUGUUUGAUGCGAGUUGGCAUACCCUAUGGUUUGUAUGUGCUACCAGUAUCAAAGUAUGGUUUAUCUGGGUUAUUGUCUACUAAAUAAAUGUACUUCUGGCUUGUCAUCCUGUAA